GCAACAGCUGAUUUCGUGAUCUCGUUCACGUCAAAAAACACGCGAGAUUUUGUUAUCACCACUCUACUGUGUAGCGAACGUGCCCUCUGCUGGUCAGAGUUAGCCACUGAAGCUGGAUAAUACAAUAAUACACACACAAUCUCUAAAUUUAACAUAAAAUAUCCGUAAAAAUCCAAUCGCACACAAUACAAAAGUAUCCUAAAUGAAAUGUAAAUUAAACAUGUAAAUUAUAUGCAAUGAAUGCCACACUUACAAUGAUUGUCACAUGAGCAUCUAGAAAAAUGUUACUGCCUUAAACGAAGCUUCAUUAAUAAUGUCUGUAUUACUCCCCAGGCAGACAUCAGUGAAAUAGCAUCUUUUAAAUAACAAAUAAUACCAAAUAUAGAUCUCUUCAAAGCACAACAAAGUGGUGAGGUAUGAGUGUGUGUGGGAUGAAAAAUCUAAAGUCUCUGGAGGAAUGCCUCAGAGAGGUCAGCUUCUGUAUCUUGGGUUCUAUUUCUAAUAGUUAUUACUACAUUGUCUUGAUGGGGUCAUUUUUCUGUAAACGUAAAUAAAUAAUUUAUAUCACAAGUGUAACAUUUUGUGUCAGACUUUAUUUGGUUGGAUGAUGAGAACAGUCAACAACUUACACAAGACUGCUUUUGAAUUUCAUAGUCAGGUAACUACAUUCAUUUACUGAUGAAGAAUGAUAGUCAGCCAGAGCUUUAAAACCAUGACAACCUUUUUAAUAUGUGUUGCUCUGCUGAGAAACAAAGUUGAUUAAGAGCUCAUUGCAUCCACUGGCACAUGCUCCUGUCAACACUCUAAUUUGAAAAAUGAAAUCUAUCAUCCAAAAGACAAAUAAACAAGUGAACUUUUCUGGAUAAAAAUAUAGACUACAACAAAGUAGUGAUGUAUGAGUGUGUGUAGGAUGAAACAUCUAAAGUCUCUGGAGGAAUGCCUCAGUGGCUUGACGUUAUGUCAGCAAUAAUUGAUCUGUGGCGUCUCUGAAUAUGUACUUUUAUGUUCUUUUUGCUAACAAUUAAAUUGCAAAAUGUGCAAGUUGUUUUAUUCUGUGGCCUUGACGGUAUUUUAAUAUUUGAGCUAAUGGGGAGAGACAAAGGGGAAGCUGGUAGAGAGGUGGACGCAGGAGCAGAGGUGGCAGCAGGAGCAGAGGUUGCAGUAGGAGCAGAGGUUGCAGCAGGAGCAGAGGUGGCAGUAGGAGCAGUGGUUGCAGUAGGAGCAGAGGUUGCAGCAGGAGCAGAGGUUGCAGCAGGAGCAGUGGUUGCAGUAGGAGCAGAGGUUGCAGUAGGAGCAGAGGUUGCAGCAGGAGCAGAGGUGGCAGCAGGAGCAGAGGUUGCAGUAGGAGCAGAGGUUGCAGUAGGAGCAGAGGUGGCAGCAGGAGCAGUGGUUGCAGCAGGAGCAGAGGUUGCAGCAGGAGCAGAGGUGGCAGCAGGAGCAGAGGUUGCAGUAGGAGCAGAGGUGGCAGCAGGAGCAGAGGUUGCAGUAGGAGCAGAGGUUGCAGUAGGAGCAGAGGUGGCAGCAGGAGCAGAGGUUGCAGCAGGAGCAGAGGUUGCAGCAGGAGCAGAGGUGGCAGCAGGAGCAGAGGUUGCAGUAGGUGCAGAGGUUGCAGUAGGAGCAGAGGUGGCAGCAGGAGCAGAGGUGGCAGCAGGAGCAGAGGUUGCAGCAGGAGCAGAGGUUGCAGCAGGAGCAGAGGUUGCAGUAGGAGCAGAGGUUGCAGCAGGAGCAGAGGUGGCAGCAGGAGCAGAGGUUGCAGUAGGUGCAGAGGUUGCAGUAGGAGCAGAGGUGGCAGCAGGAGCAGAGGUGGCAGCAGGAGCAGAGGUUGCAGUAGGUGCAGAGGUUGCAGUAGGAGCAGAGGUGGCAGCAGGAGCAGAGGUUGCAGCAGGAGCAGAGGUGGCAGCAGGAGCAGAGGUUGCAGUAGGAGCAGAGGUUGCAGCAGGAGCAGAGGUGGCAGCAGGAGCAGAGGUGGCAGUAGGAGCAGAGGUUGCAGCAGGAGCAGAGGUUGCAGUAGGAGCAGAGGUUGCAGCAGGAGCAGAGGUUGCAGUAGGAGCAGUGGUUGCAGUAGGAGCAGAGGUUGCAGCAGGAGCAGAGGUGGCAGUAGGAGCAGAGGUGGCAGCAGGAGCAGAGGUUGCAGCAGGAGCAGAGGUUGCAGCAGGAGCAGAGGUUGCAGCAGGAGCAGAGGUUGCAGUAGGAGCAGUGGUUGCAGUAGGAGCAGAGGUUGCAGCAGGAGCAGAGGUUGCAGCAGGAGCAGAGGUGGCAGCAGGAGCAGAGGUUGCAGCAGGAGCAGAGGUGGCAGCAGGAGCAGAGGUUGCAGCAGGAGCAGAGGUUGCAGUAGGAGCAGAGGUGGCAGUAGGAGCAGAGGUGGCAGCAGGAGCAGAGGUUGCAGCAGGAGCAGAGGUUGCAGUAGGAGCAGAGGUGGCAGUAGGAGCAGAGGUUGCAGUAGGAGCAGAGGUUGCAGCAGGAGCAGAGGUGGCAGCAGGAGCAGAGGUUGCAGUAGGAGCAGAGGUUGCAGCAGGAGCAGAGGUUGCAGCAGGAGCAGAGGUUGCAGUAGGAGCAGAGGUUGCAGUAGGAGCAGAGGUUGCAGUAGGAGCAGAAGUCACUGCUGAGGCAAACAUAUUUCAUCUUAAAAAUGGAAGAAGUGAAAUUACAUUUAUUUAGUUACAUUCUAAUGCUAAAAGGUAA